GGCGGCUCCUGCGCCAUGCUGCGGCCUGCAGCAUGCCACAGUGCCACAGCCUGGCCGAGGCCGGGCUGCCCGCGCACCCCAGCGACGUGCCGGCAGGGCGCCGUCCGCGCACAGGGGCUGGGGGCGCCUGUCGCUCUGGGGAGGGAAGGGGAACCGGGCGGCGGUUUGCGAGAGGAAACGUCCCCGGGGAGGGCAGGCGGAGGAGGCAGCCGGCCGCACCGCCGCCGUGCGGGCGAGCCAGCCCCUGUCACACCCGGGCCUCCCCGGCCCGGCGCGGCCCCUCCCGCGGGCCCCGGGGAAGAGGGCUUGAAAUCUAAGAGAAUGGCAGACAUUGACAACAAAGAACAGGCUGAACUUGACCAACAGGAUAUGGAAGAUGUUGAAGAAGUAGAGGAAGAAGAAACUGGUGAAGAUGCCAACAGCAAAGCUCGGCAGUUGACUGUGCAGAUGAUGCAAAAUCCUCAGAUUCUUGCAGCCCUUCAGGAAAGACUUGAUGGUCUGGUAGGAACAUCUACAGGAUAUAUAGAGAGCUUGCCUAAAGUUGUUAAAAGACGUGUGAAUGCUCUCAAGAAUCUUCAGGUUCAAUGUGCACAGAUAGAAGCAAAGUUCUAUGAGGAAGUUCAUGAGCUGGAAAGAAAGUACGCUGCUCUCUAUCAGCCCUUAUUUGACAAGCGAAGUGAAAUCAUCAAUGCAAUUUAUGAACCUACAGAGGAAGAAUGUGAAUGGAAAGCAGAUGUUGAAGAAGAGAUUUCAGAGGAAAUGAAAGAGAAAGCCAAACUUGAAGAGGAAAAAAAAGAUGAAGAAAAAGAAGACCCUAAAGGAAUUCCUGAGUUUUGGCUGACAGUAUUUAAGAAUGUUGACUUGCUCAGUGAUAUGGUUCAGGAACAUGAUGAGCCUAUCCUGAAACACUUAAAAGACAUAAAAGUGAAGUUCUCAGAAGCUGGACAGCCUAUGAGUUUCACAUUAGAAUUUCACUUUGAACCAAAUGACUACUUCACGAAUGAAGUGUUGACAAAGACGUAUAGAAUGAGGUCAGAGCCAGAUGAUUCUGAUCCCUUCUCCUUUGAUGGACCAGAAAUCAUGGGUUGUACAGGUUGCCAAAUAGACUGGAAAAAAGGAAAGAAUGUUACUUUAAAAACAAUUAAGAAGAAGCAGAAACACAAGGGUCGUGGCACAGUUAGAACAGUGACAAAAACUGUUUCCAAUGACUCUUUCUUCAACUUCUUUAGUCCCCCUGAAGUUCCUGAAAGUGGAGACUUGGAUGAUGAUGCUGAGGCAAUCCUUGCUGCAGACUUUGAAAUAGGUCACUUCUUACGUGAGCGUAUAGUCCCCCGAUCAGUAUUGUACUUCACAGGAGAAGCUAUUGAAGAUGACGAUGAUGAUUAUGAUGAAGAAGGAGAGGAGGCAGAUGAUGAGGAGGGGGAAGAAGAAGCAGAUGAAGAAAAUGAUCCAGAUUAUGACCCGAAAAAGGAUCAAAACCCAGCAGAAUGCAAGCAGCAGUGAAGCAGUGUGUAUGUGGCCUUGAGGAUUACCUGCACUGUAAUAGCCUAAACACAACUAUUAGUUACUUACAGCCUUAUGUUUUGUAUCUUGGUAGAAUUAAGUAACCAAUUUGUUAAAAACAAAAUCAAACACAUAAGAACCAGUUUAAAAUGUAGGUUCAAUCUACCUAACAUUUUAACAGUAUAAUUUUCAGUCAAUAUGUAGAAUGCAGUAAAUCCCCUAAAGCAUGAAUGUUAAUUCAUUGCUACAUAGUUUGGUUCUUGUGAAGUCUUUGUCAUGUAGCUAUUAGACUGCAGCUGUGAAGAUUAUCAGAACUGUUAACUGAGACCAAUAUUUGUUUAGAGAAAAUCCUCUCCUGAAGAACCAACCAAAGUAUUUUCAGCCCAGUAGUCUGAACGGGUUUAAGUCUGCUUGCACUAGUUGUGCCUUCAUUACUUUGUUAUAGAAAUGGCAGUGACUUGUACUAACUAGGAGAUGAUGAUGCAUUUUGAAUUUGACUACUUGAGAAGACUAGUAUAAUUUGUUUAAUUUCCAGCGAAACCACAUUAAACAUUCAUAACUGUCAGCUUGUUUAUGCUAUGGGUUUUGUAUUUUAUGUGACAUAGUGAUCUACAAAGGAAACCUAGUCAACAUAUUAAGGUUAUUGUUUACCACUGGGGUGUGAAUAAAACCUAGUAUUUUCAGAA